AUGUUCUUUUCACCUGCACUUUUAUCACUAUUUCAAAAAGGAAUCCCAGUUGACUUGCUUUGCCUUUCUUCUGGAAAUUUUUAUGGCGACGGUCAUAAAAGAUGUCAGGAGUUGAAAAAAUCUGCAGCACUACUUGGUAUUCGUCACUUGAAGAUCGCUAUCGACAAUAAACUCCCAGAUCACCCUCGCGAAGUUUGGCCCACUGAUCUUAUUCAGAAGCAUAUUCUACAAGCUGUUGAAAAAUGGCAUUCCAAAACUCUGCUUUCUUUUGAUUCUUAUGGUGUUAGUGGUCAUUCGAACCAUUGCCAAUUGUUUAGAGCUUUGGCUGAGUUUGUACCUAGACCUGAUGUGAAGAUUUACUUAUUAAAAUCUUACAACGUCGUCAUCAAGUACUUUACACCGCUUGCAAUUUUGUUGGCUAUCUUCUCUUCAAAUGCCUUAAUAUUUACUGUUCCCUUUACCUCUACCUUCAUUCCUCAUAAAGCCAUGUUGCAACAUCGCAGCCAACUGCUUUGGUUUAGGUAUCUUUAUAUAAUUUUUUCCUCUUAUAUGUAUACAAAUUUGUUUAUUCCUCUUAAACGCCAUGUAAAGUAG